AAUGUCCAUACACCCACCUGCUGCGUUAUAUCUUCCCUGUUUUCUGCGUCAAGCUCUCCCUCUUCUCUCUCUCUCUCUCUCUAUAAUCUUCCAAAACGAUCAAUGGCUAUCAGUAAUCUACCCCGAAGAAUUAUUAAGGAAACCCAGCGGCUCCUCAGUGAACCAGCUCCUGGAAUAAGUGCCUCUCCUUCUGAGGACAACAUGAGAUAUUUUAAUGUUAUGAUUCUUGGUCCAGCUCAAUCUCCUUAUGAAGGUGGAGUUUUCAAGUUAGAAUUGUUUCUAUCUGAAGAGUACCCAAUGGCAGCUCCCAAGGUUCGGUUCCUGACCAAAAUAUAUCAUCCUAAUAUUGAUAAGCUUGGACGGAUAUGCCUUGAUAUUCUUAAAGACAAAUGGAGUCCAGCCCUCCAAAUCCGAACAGUAUUGCUGAGCAUCCAAGCUCUUUUAAGUGCUCCAAACCCUGAUGAUCCCCUUUCCGAGAACAUUGCAAAGCAUUGGAAGACAAAUGAAACUGAAGCUGUUGAGACAGCGAAGGAAUGGACUCGUUUAUAUGCAACCGGAGCUUGAUUUUGCUUGGAAGAUCAAUUUCUGAAGUGUAUGUUAAAACUAUAACAUGAGGACAUGACUUGUGAAUUGAUCAUAUGAUAGUUGAAAACUUCAAAGAACUUCAAAUUAA